UGCAAUUAUCGCUGAUCCUCACUAUCUGGCCUCCUCCGCGCAGAUAUAUCUUGUCAAUCAGACCGGUGAAAUAUAGUCGUGCAAGCCGAAAGGUGAGUGUUCCGUCAUGUCCGUUGGGUAUGCUCUCCCACAGGGCUCGUACUGGAACUCGCCCGCCCCUGAGGCGAUGGCUUUUCAGGCCGCCUCUGCGGCUCCUGGUACGCUAUCCAGUAAUUUGUUUAUUUGCGUGACUUCAAUCGAAUGCUCGAUAGCGUAUGCAGUGGCUGCGACGGCUCCUACACCACAUGCGAGCCGUGAUCUCACGCUGCAGCGUAUAUCUGAAGCUGCCGAUAAAGAUGUAGAGAUGCAGGAUGUCUACGCCUCUCAAAUCACUUACGUCGUACUGGAUACCAACAUAUUGAUCCAUUUCUUCGACGUUUUGAAGCAGUUCAAUGAAGAUCUCGAGACCCUUGUUUUACCGGUCGUUAUCAUCAUACCCAACGUCCUCCUGGGUGAGCUAGAUGGACUAAAGAAGAGUGACCAAGUCGGGUGGUUCGCGAGCAGGGCCUCGACAUGGAUACUGGACAGAAUGAGGGCUCGCAAGCAUGUCAAGGUCCAAGCGACUUGGGAGACCACGUCCCCGAGGAUCAUCGAUCCUAGGCGCCAGAAUGAUCUCACCAUAUGGGAUUGUUGUCGCUAUUUUAUGGAAGAUAAAGGCGGCCGUGUCGUGCUUUACAGCAACGACAACAAUCUGGCCAGUCAGAGUGAAGCGGAAGGGAUCAAAACUGUCACACCACAGAAGUAUGGUUGGACUAGCCUCGAGCUAGCACGAGCCAUCGAUAUUCCUGGUAUCGACUACCGCAUGUUUCAGCGACCGAAAGAUGACACUUCACCUCAUUACCAUUACCGACCCGACAAGACAUUGGCGCAUCGAAUCACGGCCAUCAGACCUGAGACAAGAAUUGCCGUCGUCGCACCUGAAGACGAUGGCGAGGAUCGAAUGGACGUCGAUGACGACGGCACACGGCACGGGGCCUCGCACACGAAUUUCAAGAAAGACUACACCCCCAGUCACGCGCUCGACGCCUUGCAUCUGCAGGUGAUCGACCAUUUCACGCUCCUGCUUAGGGACCUGGCGUUCCGUAUUCGCACGGCGGCAGGAGACGUGAGAAGUGCCUCCCAGUGGGCAACUGAGUACGAGCGCAAGCUAUUCAAGGACUGGAUCCUGGGUGACUGCAUCAAAUACUUGGGAUCGAAGAAGCCGCUUAAACCGACCUCCCCAUCCCUGCAAAGAUUCAUGCGCCGUCCGUAUGAAGACCUUCCCCAUGAAGAAAUAUGGCGUCGAGGGCAGGACUGGUCACGCCAAGACUGGUUGCACGCUAUGGGCGCGCUCGUCGAAAUAGGGACAAAGUUCGAGGACGGCGCUAUCUUAGCGUCCGUCGAGCUGCUCAGGGUGGAGACAGAACGGGUCUUCAACCUGCCGAUGCGGCCCACGGGACUGUGACUGCUUGCUAUUGGAUGCUCAACGGAUGCGGACGCGCGAAUCAGCCUCUGCGUUUUCGAAUCUCGAAUCUGUCAUUACUGGGUUCUCAUCCGGUCUCUAGCUGCCGAAGAUACCGCGGGCGCCGCAGACGUUUGAACGUGUGUAUGCUGCGGGUCUAUUUUCCUCGAGUGGAGAUAUUGUAAUUCUGCAUACAAGAUCAAGAGGCCGUCAUCGGGGAGGCCGUGGGUGGGUAUGCACCACUGGCGGACAGCUGAACUGCGUCAAUGGGGCGGAUGUGGAAGGACAGGCAAGUGGGGAAUGGUAGCGCCAUACAUGGCGUGUGUAGAUGUCGAGCUUGGAUUGUGGAUAACUUUGGGUAGGCGGUACCUGAGAGAUAGAGGUCGUUGAAAUGGCGAUAAGCAGGUGAUUGUAUCACUGGGCCUUUGCUCCUUGCAAUGCGGAGAUACGACAAUACGCAGUAUUGGUGCUA